AUGCCCAAUUUUCCGCCGCAAGUCUAUUAUCGCGACACGUAUGGAUUCGAUGACAAUCACACCGAAUCGGAUAAUGAUAGCAUCACGACGAAAUCGACGGUGACAGUCAGAACCACCUACAACAUCAAUCCGAUGGGCGGCGGCGGAAUGGCCAUCAAUCCGACCUAUCAGCACAUUCAUAAUAGGAAUACGACAAUGGAUUCAAGCAAAUUCAUCAAUUUCUCAAAUUCCUAUCAUGUUGAGCAACUGGUUACCAGCAAAAUUCUGACCCCAAACCCGCGGACCAUGUUAAUAUUAACCCUCAUCGCCUUCGCUAGCGCUCUACAAUUGUUAAUAUUCUCAAUAAUCGCUGUGUUUUAUGAUGGUCCCAUUCCGUACGCGCUUCUCAUAUCAGUGCUACUAAUUUGCAAUAGUUUGGUGGUGCUAGCAUUCACCAAAUUUCGACCAACCAGAGCUUGGCUGUUCACCAGCCUUAUCGCCGCAGCGUUUUCGUUCGUCGAAAGUGUCGGCUUGUUCUUUUGGACCGCCAUGCUUAUUAAUGAUGAAGAAAAGUAUAUUGAAAGUGUUGGUGCGAAUGACAAUCGGAUAGUGACAAGCACGAGGAUAGCGAUGUACUCGUUUCAAAUGGUCUUCACCCCAAUUCACACAAUCGCGUCGGCUUUGAUCAUAUUCGUUCUACGAAAGCAGCUGACAUCGCGCGAUGAGACCGUAAAUGGAUAUUUCUUAAGCGAGCCCGAGCUAGGGCAUCAGAAAAUCCUGGUGCCUAUCGAAUUGCGUCAAAUUCGAGACAUGACCGAUGAUGAGGAUGAUAAUGUUUCAAUUGGUGUCCAGACAGGAGGGUCCCGAAAUAAUUAA